CGGCUGCCGUCACGUGACGGUGACAAGUGUUUUUACAACUUCCUCUUCGUAUUGGCAGUUCUUCAUACUCGCGGUGUCUCCUUGCGGCUAACAUUCGAAGUUACAUCUUGAAUAGAGACAGAGGAGCCUAACCAAGGCAGAAGACAAACAACAACGAUAAAAACAAAAAUGGCGGCAACAGCGAUUAAGACUAUGGUGAUGAUGAUGAUGGUGAUAAUGGGCAAGGCAGAGAGCAACCCCACGCCCACACCUAUGGAUCACGCCUUCCCUAACGCCCGCACUAUCACCACCCACGCCCGUCACGGCCACCUCCUGCACGGGAUGUUGGGUGGCCUGGAGUCCUAUGUGUUUGAUGAUGUGGUCGAGUUCUUGUUCCAGCAGCUGGGAGAGGAGCUGCCCUAUGCUAGGAGCCGCUACAACAACCUCUACCAUUACGAGAGCGAAGACUACUACUCCCUGCCAUCAGAAUACAUCAAUCGGAAGGACUCGGGCCAGUCUUGCAUAGGCAUGGCAGGAAACACAGGCAGCAGCACCAUCUGCCUCAACGUUUUCUCUGCAUUGUGCGUCGCUGGCCUGGCUCUCUUAAUGCAGUUUUUGUUCUUUGCGUGUGUGUCUAACCUCUGCCCGGGGAUCAUGAAUAGUAGUAGUGGUAGUGGUGGUGGGGGAUCUAACAUCACUAACAUCAUUACUAUUGAUACUUCUAACGAUGUUUCAGUGGAACAGAAUGACGAUAUUGAUAUUAUUAAUCGUCCUAAUUUUGAAGAUGAUAGACUGCGGUCUGAUAUACAAAGAAGUGACCUGGACGAGGAUGUGAAUCUGGAUGAGCAUGGCGAUAGCAAUGAUCGCGAUAAUAUAAAAGAUAACACAAGAGAGAGAAAAAAAAAUGCAAGGUUUAGGGUUACUAUAAAUGGCGUAGAUAGAGAAGAUGUGGAUGGGGAUGGGAUAUAUUAUGGAAGGGAGUUACAGAAAAAACAAACACAGAUAUUGAAUAUGGAAAAAAAAGAAAAACUCAUUAAGGAUGACGAGCAAAGAACAGAGAGCAGUCAAAAAGAAAAGUGGUUUUCUAUGAAAUUUUUACAGGAUAACCUCAUAGGAGAUUUCUUUUCAUGGGACAGAUGGGAACUCGCUUUGCCUUCACUGGGGAACAACACAAGCAUCUGUCCCAUCCUGAGUCGGUACAUACACCGUUAACCCCUUCAGUACCAUGACACGUUUUCAUGCUCAUUCUGCUUACUAUUUUGUGAUUUUAUACAGCAUCAAAAACUUAGGUAGAGGUUGAAAUAGUGAAAACUGACCUCCAUAAACCCUUCAUAAAGUAAAUAGAAUUAUUUAAUCACAGCCAAAACUCAAAGUAAGAAAUGCAUCCCAGUACUGAAGGGGUUAAAGGAGUCAUGCAGAAGGCACUUUUACGACACUGUAAAGAGAUUGGUUACUGGUGGCGACCAGACU